CGAACACGUACCAGCAUGACGACAGCUACGCAAGAGCAGCCUGUCCAGCUCGUCUCGGUCAACACGGCACCCGACAGGGCCAAAAAGGUCAUUGGCGCCGUCAUUGAGCAGGUCAAGGAAAAGUACGCGAUCGAGCACGCCGGAAAUAGCGAGACUAUCGAGGGCGUCGAGCCUCUGCUGCGCUCGAUUCAGCCUCCUCCGGGAAUCCUGUUUUGCGCGUCCAUGUGGACACCUGAGCAGCAAGAGGAGAUCCAGAGUAUCGCCAGGAAAGCGAUCCCUGGCAUCAAGACGCACGCCAUUCCAACAGGCCUCCAGGUGAAAGUGGGCCCAGAGGGCAUCGUAAAGUACCUCGUCGAGCGCAUCGACGAGAUCAUGGCGGAGCCGUGAGCGCAGCGUGCUGCCACAAAAUGACCCACCAAAGCCAGCGCUUCACCUUUUCGGUGUUGGCGUAGAAAGACUCCACACAAGUAAAUAGACCUAUGCAAUCAUACAACGCACUCGUGCAACGAUCACUACUCUACC